CAGCGUGCGCCUCAAUGCGCAUGUGUCAGAGAUGCUAAAAGCUCGGCUAGCUGUUUAUCAUCAUUAACUGAAGCUUCCAGGUUAUUAUUUGUUGAUUAUUUCACUUUAAUUCAGCCGUAAUUUAACUUUCAGGCUGUGAACCGACAACACCGACUUAAAACGUCAUGCGAACCGGAUUAAAACCCGGUAACGGCGGUUUGUGUCGGUGUUUGUAGCCGCUUUGAUGGAGCUCAUUUAGCUGCAGAGGGAAGCCAACAGCCACCGCGAUGAUAAAGUUCGUCCUGAUGGUGAACCGUCAGGGUCAGACUCGUCUUUCUCGAUACUACGAGUCGGUGGAGCUGAACAGGAGAGCGGCGCUGGAGGCCGACGUGGUCCGCUGCUGCCUUAGCCGCAAGAAGGACCAGUGUUCCUUCGUCGAGUACAAAGACUUCAAGCUGGUCUACCGGCAGUACGCUGCUCUCUACAUCGUAGUGGGGGUCACUGACAGCGAGAACGAACUCUCCAUCUACGAGCUGGUUCACAACUUCGUGGAGGUUCUGGAUAAAUACUUCAGCCGCGUGAGUGAACUGGACAUCAUGUUCAACCUGGACCGAGUCCACGUCAUCCUGGAUGAGAUGAUCCAGAACGGACACAUCGUGGAAACCAACAAGAGCCGCAUCCUGGCGCCGCUCACUGCCAUCGACAAAAUGGCCGACAGCUGACAGGAAGUGAUGUCAUAGACUGUAAAGUGUCAAUGACAUCAGUUUUACAUUUAAAAAAUAAAGAAUAUAAUCUGUGAAAAAGAAACAUCUCCCAUAUAAAUAAAAUUACUUCUUAAAAUUA